AAAUAAUGGAUAUCAGAGAAAUUCAACGUCACCACGUUUUAAAAAUAACCAGAUUUUGAUCUCAUAGUUUGACUAUUUAAUGUGGGGUUGAUGAAGAAAGUUCAAACGAUAACUGAUGCUUCAACCAUAUUUGUUAUCGCGUAGUAUUUCUUAUCGCUUAUUCUGAUUUUCCUCCUCCGACUGCAGAGGUGAAUUCUGGGUAGCGUAGUUUACUGCUGUGUUUUAGCCCUUUGAUGACGUUUAUGUUCACGGUACAGAAAACUACAGCUCCCAAAGCAGACCAGCGCCCAGCAGAGAUUUGUUUUUAGCUUUUUUAGUAGCUUAGCUUAGACACACGAGUGGUGGCGUUGAAACCUACGAAAGCAUUUACUUUAAUCUUCUUUUGGCUUUGGAAAAACAUUUUUCUUCUGCUCGAAACUACUGACAUUUUCCCAUCGUCACUUGUAAGUGGUGGUUAAGUUUAAAGCUUUGGAGUCUGGAGUUGGCUAGUUGCCAUGCCGGUGCACCGUGACCGGGAGAAGAAGGAGAGCACGGCGGAGGAGAUGGAGGUGGAGGAGCAAGAGCAGGAGGCCUCCAGCUCUGAGGAGGAGGACUCCGACACCUCCUCUGUCUCCGAGGAUGGAGACAGCUCUGAAAUGGAUGAAGAGGACUGUGAGCGAAGGAGGAUGGAGUGUCUGGAUGAAAUGUCCAACCUGGAGAAACAAUUUACUGACCUCAAAGACCAGUUGUACCGGGAGCGUGUGAGCCAGGUGAACAGCAAACUGGCAGAGGUUGAAGCCGGGCGGGCAGCUGAGUACCUGGAGCCUCUGGCAGGGCUGCUGGAGAGCAUGCAGGUCCGCACCAAGGUGGCAGGUAAGACACACACUCUCUUGCUCUCACACACUCACACUCCCAUUUUCUCACACAUUGUCACUUUGUCUCAUUCUCGUUCUCUCUCAGGUAUCUACAGAGAGUUGUGCCUGGAGUCAGUGAAGAACAAGUAUGAGUGUGAGAUUCAGGCGGCGUGCCAGCACUGGGAGAGUGAGAAACUGCUGCUGUUUGAUACAGUACAGAGUGAACUCGAGGAGAAAAUCAGAAGACUGGAGGAAGAUAGACACAGCAUAGAUAUUACCUCAGAGCUGUGGAGCGAUGAGCUGUCCGGGAGGAAGAAGAGGAGAGAUGCCCUCAGUCCAGACAAGAAGAGGAGACGACCAUCAGUAGUGUCUGGCCCAUAUAUCGUCUACAUGCUUCCUGACCUGGACAUCCUGGAGGAUUGGACAGCCAUAAGAAAGGCCGUGGCUACGCUGGGUCCUCACAGAGGGAAGGCCGACUCGGACAGCUCUGUGUUCCCAUUCAGACCAGACAGAAACAGGCCGAUACUCAAUUGCUGAGACACACACACAAACAUACACACAUACACAAACAUAUACAUAUACACUCAAACACGCAAAAGGACCUCAAACAUAAUGCACAUGUGCAUAUUUACACAUACAUAUGAUUCUCAAGGGCAAACACAGACACCAAACAUUCACAUCUGAACAUCUUGAACUGUCUCUGAAUCUUCCAAGAAUCCUCUGCACUCCUCAUCUGACAGCGAGCACAGCUUUGCCGUUUGCCGAUGUAAGUCUAUAAGCUGCCUCUAGUGCCAGAAAGCACACACACCUCGGACAUGUGGGUUUGAAUCCCGUCAAAGGACAAACAGGAAUGCGAGCAUUAACCAGGUUUAUAAUCUGUGGUCCAGCUUCAGGCUCCACUGAAGAAUGAUGCCACAAGCUGAUUUUUGUUGAUGAGUCUGGCAGAAAGUCGACAAGGACUUCCUGUCUACAACCAAUUCAGAACAAAUGAAGAAUUUCAUUCCAAAAUGAGUCACACAUCACUGGGCCAAAAUGUGACACCUAGGGUUUGACCUUUUAUUGUGAUGGUUUUGAUAUCAAAGCUGCUCAUAGCCAAUAUUAUGCCUGCCUUCAGUAUCUCUAUGCAUGUCCACUUUCAUGCCACAAAAUCAUAAAAAUGCAACGUUACCCUCCAGAAAUGUCAUCUUGUCAAGUCAAGAGAAGCUUCUGUAAUAGCAUUUAGAGCACCAUGUGACACAAACACAGGUUUUAUUAUGGAGCAGUGACCAUAAAGUCAUAGUUCCUCCUCUGCAAAAUGGAUAUAUGGUGUAUUGGAAUGAAACCUUUAAAAUGCUCUAUUUUUUUCAAAUGAAUUCUGGUAUCUAUUUACAUUUUGAACUGAAUGGCCUGAGUGUGAAUCAGCACACCUGGGUCUUCCACAUGGACAAAGUACACUGAGGUUGUCAUAGGAUCUUCCCAGCGCCAAAUGUUUCCAAAAAGGCAAAGGUGAAUGAUUAAGCUUGGACACUUUGCCCAUCUUUCCGUGCUAAGUUAGAAGUCGAGGUGAAGAUUUCACUGCACGGAGCAAUGUCUGUCUCUAAAGCUGCAUUAUGGUCCGUCGUGCCAUGAACUAUUUUUGAAAUGAUUUUUAUGUUGAUAAACUGAAUUGUAUUGUAUGAGACAAUGAAUUACUUUUUGUAUCAGUGCUUUUGUACAGUUAGUUAGUGAUCGUACUGAGAUACUCAACAGUUGCUCCUGGUUUUUCAUAGUCUGAGAGUAUCUGUCACUCAGCAGUAACUCGAUGUCAAGUUAAACUCAGUGCAAGUUUAUUCCAGUGUCCUUCAGCUGGUGCAUUUUGCAUUUUCACAGAACCGUUCAGUUUCUGCUUUAAUUUUUUCUACAAACCAAUGAGGACAGUCUGGGUGCUUACUCGAUGACUCCAUUGGCAUGAGAAAUGAAAAUCCCAAGGCAUGAAAACAGAUGCAUACAGAUUGUGUGUGGGAUGUAAAUGCAGUCAGGCAGAAUUAAAUAUGUGCUUCUUCCUAAACCUUGGGAUAAAUUGACCCAGAGAUAUCUUAAUCAAUCCUUCUUUAGUGUAUGCUCACUCGUUUAAAGACUAAAUCUAAGACUGUUUUAUGGGAAUGUUGAUGGGGAUAACUGAACUGUAAAACUUACACCACACCAUUGCCUGAAAUUCUGCUCGGUUUCCAUGCUAUGCAAUACAAAUUUAAGAAAAUGCAUUCACAGCUAAAUAUUUUCAAAUUCAUGCACUUGUAUUGUGAGCUCAUUGAUGAAUUUCUCUGCCUGUACCUCCUGAUUCGUCUUUUAAACUUGGAAUUAACAAGUUACGCUGCUCUCCAAACAUAGAAGAUGUGUCAUGAUCUUGUAUUGAACUGAUCAAAGAUGCAGUGUUUUUUAGCUGUUUUUUCCUCUCUGCAACAAGUGAACAUGUAUACACCAGCAUCUUUGCCAGUAGCAUAGUAAGGCAAAGCCAAGACAGUGCCAACAACAUCCAUAUUAACAUAGGAGAUAACUAAGAACAAGACCAUAGGGAGUAUUCAAAGAAUACUUUGGCGUUUUGAUUUUUAGCUGUUUAUGCCCCUUCAUUUGUUCCACUUCUUUAUGAUGUUCAGUUCUCAUCUAGUUUACCCACCUUUUCAUGUACCGUUACAUCACUGAGCAAGACCAACAACGUUAGAAUAGGCCACGAUCAAAUGCAGAAACUUAUUCUUAGGUUUUUGGUAGAAAAACAGAUGAAAACUCUGAAUAUCACAGUAUUCCUUUACAUUUAGUUAUGUGCCAAAUAUUGCUGUUAUGUACUCUACUUACCAUACAUACCUACCUCUACUAGUUUCAAUACUCAUAGUCUCUCUACUUCAUUCUAUCUCUCUCUUUCUUUGUCUUUUACACCAAUAUGAUUACUUCUAAGAUAUGAAAAUGUUAUCAUCUUGACGUGAGGCCGACAUUACACCGUGCAACUUCCAUGCAAUUAGAUGCAUGUUGUAAAUUCAGUUUUUACUGUUGCUAUUUCAUCAAACCCAUAUGGACCAUUCCAAGCAAUGAGGUAAACCUAGUUCAUUAUUUUCCAAAAAAAAAAAAAAAAAUACUCAGUUGCAUGGAAAAGUUUCACAUGUAACGUCGACUUUCAA